AUGAGUGAUAACGAAGAUAGAAUAGAUGACCAUGAAGAAGAGGAGGAAGAUAAUACUGAACAAACAGCAUCCAAAGAAAAAGUCAAACGAAAACGAGUUGAACAUGAUAAUGACCCAUCAAAUGAAAAUGAUGAAGCAGAUGACGAUGAUGAAGACGAAGAAGACGAUGAACUGGAUGAAGAAGAAGAACGGAACGUUAAAAGGGGUUCAAAACGAAAACGACAGGUAAUAUCUGGCAAGAAUUUUAUUAUAUCCGAAGCAGAUGUUGACGAGGACGAAGAUGAGGACGAACCUGCCGAAGAUGAUUUGGAAGAUACAUUUGUUCAUGAACAACAUGAAAUUGGCGAUACAGCGCGAGAUCUUUAUAGAACGGCAAGAACAACAACGUCACUUUUUGAUGAUGAAGAUGAUGUUGAAAAAAUAAAUGAAUAUAUAACGAAUAAAUAUGGUAAAAAAAAUCGAAUAUCUGAUUAUGAUGAAAUGGAUGAAGGGGAAGAUAUACCAGAUGAAAUAACGCAACAAAGUUUACUACCCGAUGUGAAAUCACCUAAUUUAUGGCCAGUGAAAUGUCGUAUUGGUGAAGAAAAACUAACAGCAUUAUUAUUAAUGAGAAAAUUUCUUGCAUUAGAAUCAAAAGAAAAUGCACUUCAAAUCAAAAGUGUUGUAGUCAAAGAAGGUGAUCGUGGUUAUGUGUAUGUUGAAGGAUUUAAAUCAAAUCAUGUUAAACAGGCGUGUGACGAUAUUAAAUCGUUACAUAUGAAUAAUUUACAAAUGGUACCUAUUCGUGGUAUGCCCGAUAUAUUGAGAGUAGUCAAAAUUAGUUAUGGUAUUAAAACUGGUUUAUGGGUACGAAUUAAACGUGGUAUUUAUCGUGAUGAUUUGGCAAAAGUUGAACAAUGUGAUAUGGUACAAAAUAAUGUUACGGUUAAAUUGAUACCACGUAUUGAUUAUACAAAAAAACGUGGUGUAGCAAGAACCGAUGAUGAACAGACAAAUGCAAAUAUGAGAAAGAAAAAUCGUUUUGCAUUUAAACGAUCAGCAGCGAAAUUGUUUGAUGAAGAUGCCGUUAAACAACUUGGUGGUAUGGUUAAACCAUUCGGUGAAUAUCGAUAUCGUGUGUUUGAAGGUGGAAAAUUUAAUGAAAAAGGAUUUUUAAUUAAGACCUUUCCCUUACAUGCUGUGCAAGCAGAUGGUAUUACACCUACAAUAUCUGAAUUAGAAAAAUUUGAAGAAUCUAUCGAUGGUCCAGAUAGUAAUGUUAUUGUUAGUAAAAAUAAAUCAUCAUUCAGUGAUUUACAAUCGUUUGCUCCGGGUGAUGUUGUCGAAGUUAGUGAAGGUGAAUUAAUUAAUUUACAAGGAACAGUUAUUGGCGUUGAUGGUGAUCAAAUUCGAAUAUUACCAAAACAUGAAGCGCUAAAAGAUGAAAUUCCAUUUAAAGCCAAUGAAUUACGUAAAUAUUUUUCUGUUGGUAAUCAUGUCAAAGUAUUGCGUGGACGAUUUGAAGGUGAUACGGGAAUGAUUGUUGGCAUUGAAGGAUUAAAAGCAAUUGUUCUAUCAGAUGGAACAAAAGACGAAAUUUGUAAGGAAACAUCAUCUGGCGUCGAUUCAACUGGUCAAUUUCAGUUACGUGAUUUAGUCAAUUUAAGUUCUGACAAAGUUGGUAUUGUUAUUCGGGUUGAAAAAGAACGUUUACAUGUAUUAAAUAUGGACGGUAAAGUUCAAAUUGUAUCAAUACAAUCGGUGACAAAACGUCGAUUUAAUAAAAAUGCAACUGCAUUGGAUAGUUUAAACAAUAAUUUAAAUGCGGGAGAUAUUGUAAACGUUACCGAUGGACCAAAUUCUAAUCGUCAGGGUCAAAUUAAGCAUAUAUUUCGCCACUUUGUAUUUGUAUUUUCUCAAACAUUAUCAGAAAAUGGCGGUCUGUUUGUGUGUAAAGCAAAAAACCUGUCGUUAGCUGGUGGAGCUAAAGUAUCAUCAAUUCCUGCAAUGCCAUCUGGCUAUACGUCGCCCAGAAUCGCCAAUAGUCCAUCUCCGCAUAACGGUAGUGCCGGAACAAGUGUUCAUGAUGCAAUUGGUAGUACGCACGGUACAACUGGUGGAGCAUCAGCAACACAUGGCAAUCGUACACCAUCUGGAAGACCAUUUAGUUCAUCAAUUAAUGUUAGGCGAGACACACAACUCAUUGGAAAGACUGUUAGAAUUAAACAAGGGCCCUAUAAAGGUUAUGUUGGGAUAGUUAAAGAUGCUACAGAGUCCACAUGUAAAAUUGAAUUACAUGCAAAAUGUCAGACAAUAACAGUCGAUAAAAACCGUAUUAUUGUGUAUGUAUUUUGA